AUGCACUAUACCAUCUCGAAAAAAAAUCCUUUAGGCUUAUUACCAUCUCGUUUUUUACUAGAUUCUACAAAUAGCAUUAAUUGGACUGGUUUAGCUGUGUGUAUUGGUAAGAUUUUAGUAUAUUAUCCUGUUUGGCUAUUAAUCAACUAUACAUCUAAUAAAUGGUAUAAUGAAAAUGGUCCUUUUAUUAUAGGGAUGACAGUAGUUUGCAGUUUAAUUAAUUAUACAAUUUAUAUACUAACAUCAUUUAGUGAUCCUGGUUACUUGAAGACAUGUCCAUCUACAUUGCUGAAACCUAUUAACAGCCUAAUUGAUUCAUAUAAUGAUGCAAUUUCCAUUGAACUAAAGAGUUUUGAUAACCAAAAUUUAGAUAUUAAUACUACUACUAAUAAUAAGGAACUAAAUUUUACGUUUACAUCUUCUUGUGAUGAUAUAGAUCUUGAUUUAAACCAUGACAAUUUAAUAGAUUCAGAUUUAUUUAUAGAUGACAAGGAUACAGAAUUAGAAAAUUUGGAAAAGGGGAUUAUUGAUAUAAAUGACAAUAAUAAUGUAACUGAUAAGAUUUUUCUAUCAAACUCAAUAUUGUACGAUAAUACUUGCUUCAAUAAUAAGGAACUUAUAUCACCUAUUAGGCUAGAUAAGAGUACUGCAGCAUUAAGUAUAGCAAUAGAAAAUGUUCCUAGUCAACUAAUUCAAAAAAUUGCAAUGAAAUCACCAAUAAAUAUAAAUAAUAUGAUGAAUAAUUAUCACUUUGAAGGUCGCAAAACUCCAGAACUUGAAAUGGAUAACGCAUUUCAACUGUCAACUGAGGCAACAAGUAUACAGAAUGAUUUUGAUGUACCACAAUCUCCCUAUUCUUCUGAUGAGAUUGACUUAUUACCACGAAUUAAAAGUCAUAAUAUAAAUUCGACUACUUUUCGAAGUUCAAAUGGCUUUUAUACAUUUAAAAAUGGUAGAAUGUAUCAAAAGGGAAUAAGACUAAGAUUUUGUGAUUAUUGCAGAAUGUAUCAACCUUUGAGAACUAAACAUUGUAUCGAUUGCGAAAGAUGUAUAAGAACCCAUGAUCAUCAUUGUCCUUGGAUCGGUCAUUGUAUUGGGGAGUACAAUAGAUGCAAAUUUUGGUGGUUAUGUUUUUUUCAAUUACCUGAAUGUAUAUGGAUUUUAUAUUGCAUAUACACGGUUUUAUUUACAGCAAAAUUGACCAAAAUUAAUCUUACUUUAUCCGAUGUUUCUAUACUAAUUUUGGUUGCUUCGUUAAGUAUUUUUAUGGGUGCUCUAACUACUUUAUUAAUUGUAUAUCAUUCUUUUCUUGCUAUAUAUAAUCUGACAACAUGGGAAAAUUUGGCAUGGAACAAGAUUUCCUAUCUUAGAUCAUAUCCUGAAAAUAAUGAAUCACCUUUUUCUAAAGGUUUACUAUAUAAUCUUGCUGUUUAUUGCAUACCUUAUUAUGUAGAUGAUCUUCAAUUAGGUCAAGAUGGCGAAAUUUUAUGGGAAUUAUGCAAUAAAAAGAUUUUAAAUUAG